GAAAUGUUGAAGGUGUCUGAAUAAAUUUUGGUUUGGCUAUACAGAUCGGUGAACACAUCUGCAAUAAACCCUUAUGACAGAAAAAUCUUUCUUUCUUUCUAUUUAAAUAACCUUUAUUUGAAUGGUUGAAACUGAAUGAGCGAGAGAAAAUAGGUGCUGCCAAAUGAGGAAACAAGGCCGCAAGGAUGUUACUCACAACAUCAAUCACUUGUUGGUGGGGUCAGUGAUGAUGUCUGAUUAAUACUGCGGUCCGUCUGGGCACAUCCCACCGGAAACUGACACGGGAGAAGUCAGUGGCAUCACAAAAUGAGAAAUAAGACCUAAGGCUGAAUCUGAUGAAACCGUGAUGAAACACGGAACAUGCCAUAACUAGCAAACAGGGCAAGUUAUAUAAAUUAAGUUAUAUAGUGAUUAGUUUAAACUUUAAAAACUGAAUUCUCAUUGUAAAAGUGACUUUUAUGAUGACAUUAUUGCUCUACUAGCUACAUAAGCAGCCGGUAUAGCAUCCUUUUGAAUAUCCAAUUCAGAUUGAAUGGAAUGUUUCAGGUCAAAUACAAGUUCAGCUCUAUGUUUCCCUACACCUGCAUUUAUGACCAACCCAGUAAAAUACAUGCCUCAGCUGUUCGCCCAUGACUCACAGUCUAGUCAUUUCUGCCACAUGCCCAUGAACUCCUACAUCUCCCAUCAUGCCUUGAGACACAAUACUACUGUAGAAAGGCAUCAGUGGUGUGCUGCUGUGCUCAGACUGGCUGGUGAUCGAUCACACUUGUAAGGGAGAGAAGGAACAGAAAACAGGGAGUGAGAUGAGAGAAGGAAAGACAGGGAAACUGCAGGGUGAAAGAAGAUGCUGAGACAGGUAUCUGUGAUGACACACUGGGCAGAAAAUGCAGGCUGUUUGGUGUAAUAUUGAUUUUUGUAUUUCUUUGUGGCAGUCCGAUGAGGGUCUCCAAGCUCAGAUGAAUUCUGUGAUCGGUGCUCUCCAGGAGCUCAAACUCUUGCAGGUCCAGACUGCACUGGAGGAGCUGGAGUUCUCCAGCAAAACGAGCCAGGCCUCUUCGCACACUCCCACAAUGCUCGAUCAGAUAAACUACAGUUCAAGAAUAACCCACCUGAACCGAACACGGAAUCCAAAAGAAAUUCUUUCACAAGAAUGUUUCAAGACUGAGCUUACCAAGGAACCGUCUUUGUUCCUCACUAGUUCUCCAGCAGAGAACCGCCAUACUCCCAGGGUACCCGAACCCAGGAGGGUUUACGGAGGAAGUCUGAGCACUUCUUCCUCUUUUUCCUCUCAGGAAGACACAACCAAUAACAAUUUCUCCUCAUACGAUAUUGAUGACUCCACCGAUUGGACAGCCUCAUUGAUGAACCACAGUAGAAACAGACAGCCAUUGGUAUUGGGCGACAAUGUUUUUGCUGAUUUGGUCGGGAACUGGCUGGACCUGCCUGAUGUUGGAGGCCAGACAGCAGGUGAGGAGCAGAAUGACGCGAGUCUUAAAGAUGCACUUUCAGAGUCAUCAUCUAGCAGUCACUCUCAAGAUCUCUUUAAGAAACUCUCACUAACAGCUAGCAUCUUCAAACGGGUCCUACGCCGCGUUCGGCCACGGCACCACCAGGAAAACAAAGAAAUGGAUGUCUGUAAACAACCAAAGAUCACAGGCAGAAAGCCAAAAUCAGAUGUCAGCAAGCCAUUCUGGGUGAGAACAAGAGGAAAGAAGAAGAAAACCACACCCACCCAACAAAAGGGUGUGGCUUAUCAGGGCUCAGAGGGUUUGAUAGGCAGAGGAUGGGUGGAGAUUGUAGAGAAGCAUCCAUCUGUGUUUGAUUACAGCUCAGCUGUGUGGGUCUAAUAUAAUUAUACAUGGAAGAGACUGUUACAAAUAUUGUUAGACAAAAUUAGUGGACUUUAUGAGCAAAAUUGUUGUAAUAGAAAUUGUCAAAACACAUGAUGCUGCCCUUAAGAGCACCUGGUCGGCCAUUUGUUAUUGCAAUCUUUCAUAUUCAAGUCGAAAAAAUUAUAUGGAAGUAGUCAACAAAAUAAUUAUAUUGUGAACUAUAAACACAAGUAACUAAAUCUGAAUUCAGAAUGAUGAAAAGCAUUCAUUUCCAUCACUUCAUGGUAUCACAACUAAAUGUGAAACAAACCGUAAAAGUUAAGCGAUAAACGCCAUUCACUACAGAUUGCGAUGUUGAGGUAAUAUUGUUUUUCUUCCUCAAGUGAGAGGAGCAGCACUCCAGAAGCUAUUGAUUCCAAAGAUAUGUUAGGUAAACAUUUCUGGAAUGCAUUUGUAUGUUUUUUGUUUUGUUUUGGGUUUUUUUAGAUGUGAGCAUGGCAGAGUGAAGAAAACAGGAGAAAAUAUUAACACAGUCGCAUUGUAUUGCCCUACCGUAUUUCUGUGAGGUCCCUUGAGAGCCUAAUGCUGUUUCUGCUGAUGUUUGUAUAUCCUUCUGUUUAGGUUUAAGCCUAACUGUCAAUCAUUCUAUGAAAAAGUCCUGACUGGUGCUUUUUCACAAAUGUUUUACUCAUGUAAGCAUAAACCUGCUUUGUAUUGGACAGAAAAACUAUGCAAUGAUGCUAAACUGCUAUGCAAAAAAAUGAAAACUGAGCAAAUGCAAAUACCUGCCUUUUUUUAAUCAGCACCUUCAUGUUAUCUGUAAUAGAUAUAAAUAUAUGGCUGUGGGUCCUGCAAUAGUCUCUAUACCUGUUUUCAGAGCUAUUUAAUGAUGUGACGUGGGAUACUGUUUUUGAAAAUAAAAAAUUAACAGUUCCUAUAGGCCUAUAAAACUACAUUUUAAAAAGGAACAGUAUAUUCCAUUCAAGUCUUAUGCAUCAGGAAUAUAUGCUUUUGUCACACCUAGUAAUGAAUCUUUAUUAAUUAAACACUUGUCUUGCAUUUAAUGCAGCAUAUAAUCUGGUGUGCAGCAAGCAUGAAUCACCUAUAGAGAAAAAUGCAAGAUAAGUGGAUUUACUUAUAUAGCUUUGUACUAUAUUUGUAA